CGGAGUGGGGCACAGUGUUUUUAAGUUUUAGCAAUGUAGAAAUGGCAACAAAGCUAAACCUGUCGGCGCCGUCGGAUUCAGACCUAUCGUCUCUAGCCGACCAAACGGCUUCCAGCCGGAGCAUUAACAGAAGUCUGAGAGUCGCAGAAAAGGAGAGGAGGAAAAAUGAGGCGGAGGACCCGUUUGUUCUGGCCCUGAAGUACUUCUCUGACGUUGAAGCAGGUACUCCUUUGUUUGGGAACGAUGAGUUUGAGAAGAACCUGGUGCUGGUGGAGAGGUUGGCCUACAGUAAAGGACUGUCCCCAGAGGCCAUCUCUAUUAUGCUGGAGUUUGCCAUGAGCCUCCGUAUGGGGAAUGCUCCAUGUGUCCGGGUGCUGAAGUGUCUGAUUCCUACCACUGUGGUGCCACAGGGGGCCGUUGUUCGUGCGGUGGUUUGGCUGGGUGUUGGCAAAAUACCCAUCAACACCCAAAUUCUUUUUAUAAAGUGGGUGUUGACCGUAUUUGACCUGAUUGAUGCAAAGGACCAACUUCGAGCUGUCUAUGGCUUCAUCUUCAGCUUUGUCACAGAUGAAAAUCUGUGUCCUUUCAUCUGCCAUCUGUUGUACCUUUUGACCAGAAAGGAAAGUGUACGAGUCUUCAGAGUCAGAAAGCUGCUGGAGCUACAGUCUAAACUGGGAAGGCAGCCGUUCCUCCUGCACCUACUGUCACUUUACAAAGUGUUUUGCCCUGAACUCGUGACUCUCUCCAUUCCAUCACGAAUGAGGAGUGGGUUUAGGAACUACAAUUCCCCCUGGAAAUCAGCGUUGAUUGCUGUCCAGAAGAGGAAUGGUUCCCAGGUUGCCUCCAGUACCAGUCUGCCCUUCACAAUUAAAGAUAAGACCAACCCUAGGAAAAGGAAACACUGCCACCUGGAAUUGCCGGUUUUGAGUUCUCUAGUCAAUAAGCAGGCCCAGACCGAGCUGUCCUCCAGCAGAAAGGUGGUCCCCCUGGUGCAGCUCCACUCCUUGACUCAGCUGCUGGAAAAUAUGCACCGUAUAGAGCUGCCUGCUCAGAUGGGCUCACUGCUGGGUUCCAGUCUGGCACUGCAGUACCUUGACUGUGUACAGGAUGAGUCUGCCCUCCUACGCCUCAACUUCUGGCUAGGCUACGCUCUCCAUGAAGAAUUUUUGUUUUGCGGUGAUGGAGGAGGCUCCCAGACCUCAGAAGAAGCUCUGCAGUUUUUGGACAAGUUACUGUCCUCACAGCACUUUCUCCAGGAAUCGUUUUCCAGUUCAGAGGCUUUCCUCUACAAGUUCCUCAGUGUUUGGGACGGCUCCCUGCUCCGCCCACAGAUCCUCAGCUUGCUGAGCAACAUUCCUGUUGUCCCCAGUUCCCAAAUCGGACGGCUUCUGUUUGAGCCACUCAUGCAGCUCUUCUUCACAUCCUCGCUGUUUUUUAAGUGUGGACUGAUGGAGUGUCUAAGCAAUAUGCUGUUGAAGUGGCUGACCUGGCACUCAGUGUAUGCUCUGGAGGACGACUUGGACAUCAGCCUCAACAGCCACACCUCCAUAAACAUGACUCUGUCAGGGUUCAAGGAUUCAGUGAUGGAGUUGGUUCACUUCGUAGGUCGUCUGGCCUCUGUGGGCCUUCAGCUUGAAGGCUGUCACUCUCUCCUCCUCAGCUUCAUCCUGGACUUCUAUGAGGCGGUGUGUGACACAUUUCUGAAGUAUGGGCUCCCCCUCGUGGUGAUGCCCCCACCUGGAGUUUUUUACCCAGCCCUGUUUUCCCUAGACCCUGUCAGCGUGGACCGACUGGCCUUCAUCAUGUACAGAUACAAGGUGAACUUGACAUCAGCCAAGACUCAAGAAAAGGUCACAGAGCAGGCCUUUCACAUCAGCCGCCAGACGUUUCGUGAGUUCAACCAGUACUUGGUCGUCAUGGUCAAUUGCCUGUGGAACUCCAAAAUGUUUAAUCCAGGUAUGGGUGUACAGCUGGGAGAGGAGCUGCUCCUCAAGAGCAAUGUACCACAAUACUGGACAAGUUUCGACCUCAUCCACCACCCUGCUUUCAUGAGCUACGCUGUCGACUUUCACCAGCAGUGUUGGCCAGGGAGAAAGGACAUGGACUUCAAUUCCAUAAAGCAUUCCAAGCCAUGGAGCUGGUACCUGGAGUACCUGUACAGUCAGGGAUAUGACGGACUUAAACAGUUUGUCCCAACCCCUUAGCCAGAGGAGACUGAAAGGGUGGGCAUCUCACUUCCGCAGGCGGGCCUUUUUUUUCUUCCUCCUCAUUAUUAAAUGAAAUAUUGUCGAUAUUUCUAUCAUUCAACAAUACUGUUGAAAUGAAUUCAGGGAGAUUCUGAUGAUUUUUUUUCAUUUAAAUGUUGUGAGAGGUUCCUGCACCUGUUGCAUCACGAUCCAUAAGCAAGAUUCACAAUAUUUUUUCAAAGUUGUUUUCUUGCUAAACCAAUUUAUUCAUGCACUGCAACUGUAACUUAGCCAAAACUCACAGUUGGGCUAAAACGCGCAUUCAUAAUACAUUUGCCACAUAGUAAAUCACAUCUGGACAGCAGCAUAUUACAUUAUAUCAACUAAACCAUAUGACAGUAUAAAAUGGCCUGUUUAGGAUGAAAUAAACACAAAGUCGUAACUCAUGACAAAGCCAUACUUAAAGUGCUGCUGCUGGUUCAAAGCUGAAUUGGAAAUGUAUUUUCAUGCUAGAAAGGCUGUGUGAAUCCAGCCCAGACCUUCCUGUCACAACAGAUCACUAGGCCAAAACAAAGGUUAAUUUGGGUGACAGGGACUUGGAGAUUGGGGUGUAACGAGACAGACAGGUUGCUGCAGAACCCUCAGCACCCCUAGUUCUUGUAGCUAUGAAUGACGACGUCUCUGUGUGGAAACUCUGCAGCUGUCUGCAGCUCUGUGUUACCUGCAGGCACAUCAAUCAAUCAGUGGUCAGUGAAAGCUUUCCUCGGUGCUCACAAAGACCUCACACGUUGCAGUGGAUGCACUAAUUGUUAAUAAGUCUUUUUUGUUCCUAUUUGAAAAUGCAUUUUUGGAGGUGGAGGGGUUUGUAAGAGGGCGGGAAAUGCACCCCAAUACCCCUCCUUGGCGAUGGGCCCAGUUUGUUCAGAGCAACAUCAGCUAACAGCUGACAACAGGCGACAGGCUGUACACACAGCAGAGGUAAAUGCUCAACUCAGUGGAGAGGAAAAACAACCACUUGCAUCUUACUCAUUUUUUAAAAGACUUGUACAUAUUUAAUCUCCUCUUCUUUUCCAAGUGAGCUUGCAAGUGAUCAGACUAUGUUUUUAUGUACAUAGAUUUAUGUGUGUUUAUUGUGCUUUUUUACUUAUAGUCUUGUCCAUUCAGCAAUACUGCCCUGCCAGAAGCAGUGUCAGUAGUUUGUCCGAGUGCAUGUUUAACAGGGAACAUGGUGUGUUUAUUGCCAAAAAAAAAAAACAGAGUGGAUCAUUUUAAUGCACACGCAUCUGUGAGGUUGGUGAGAGAUAUCCACUAAAUUUUUUACAUCGCAGAAACAAAAUACUUUAUCUGUAGUAUCUUGUCAUGAAACAUGUUGAGAAGAUGCCACAGAAUAAGAGAAGCAAAAGUUGAAAUGAUUCUUUUUUAUUGUCUCUCCCUUUUUUGUUUUUUAGCAAUACAUUCACAGCCAUUCUUUGUUAAAUGUGAACACACCGACCUUGAACCAGCUACUACAUUCAAAAUGCAUUCUGUAGCUUACCCUUGAUGUUUUUUGUGUUAUAUUCUUGUACAGCUUGCCAUCUGCAAAACCUGACUCUUGCACAUUGCUGAAAAUAAAUAAGUGUAAGACUUUUACUUUAGAAGCAAAUAAAAUCUGUUGUUUCUCAUUAAUAUUAUGCUGCAGUACGUCCCCGUUUUCAGGGAAAGUAGCUUGGUUUUGUCCGAAUGUUGACCUGAAUUUUUGCCAAAUGGCAUCAGUUGCUUGAGAACCUGUUAUAUGGAU